AAAAUUCAAGGAGAAUUCUCCAAUCAGUUUAUAAUCGGAAUACAUUAAAAAUUUCAUCCAUCUGGGAUGGUCAGAGCGCAUCCCUCGGGUGUGCCGUUCUCGAUGAAUACCUAAAAUAAAUUAAUUUUGUUCCUCGGUUUCUUAGCCCCCUAGUACGUACAAGAGCGAGCCAAAGAAAGAGCCAGAUAUAAUGUCACUGUGCAGAUGGCAGCACGCAUUAUUAGAGAAAUUUGUUAGAAAUUUUUGCAAAUUAUUCCUGAAACAUUUUUCAUAAAUGAAUUGCGCUUCGGUUGGGCUUUGGAUUAGUUGUCACCUAAUCUUUUUUCUCGCCACCCAAAAUAAUUAGCAUCCUACUUUUGUAAUCUGCAGUGGAUUUACAUUUAUACCUGAUGACAGCUGAUUACUGUAAAGACCAACUGUCAAUUAGAAACUCCGUUUUUAUACACGCUAGUUAAAUUUUCAAUAUCUUCCCUUCACUUUCGUGAGACGACUCAUAUCGUAACAUAUCGUAGUUUGUUACUUCUAUCAUCAACUUCAGACUUGAUUUCCGAGCAUUCACUUUCCUGAAUCAAUUCCUGGAAGUAAUUACUAUAUUUUUUCUAUUGAAAAUUCAUGAAUGACGAUGAGGAAUAAUCACGAGGGGGUAAGCUGCGACUCCUGCCUCAAGGGUAACUUUAGGGGCCGUAGGUACAAGUGCCUGGUGUGUUACGAUUAUGAUCUGUGCGCAAACUGCUAUGAGGCAGGUGCAAAUACAACUCGGCAUCUUGUCGAUCACCCUAUGCAGUGCAUUCUGACAAGAUCUGACUUUGAACUCUACUACGGUGGAGAAGGAGUUAGUGUUGAGCAGCCACAGUCCUUGACUUGUCCUUACUGCACCAGAAUGGGAUUUACAGAGGCAACUUUGCAGGAACACGUUGCUGCGGAUCAUCCGGACACAUCCUUUGAAGUGAUAUGCCCUGUAUGCGCGUCUCUGCCAGGGGGGGAUGCGAACCUUGUGACCGAUGAUUUUGCGGGACAUUUGACCCACGAUCAUCGUAGUGGUCCCAGAGAUUUAAUCUCGUUUCUCGAUGAGCCAGCUGCUAGUCGCCAUAGUGUUCGACGAAUACCACACCCCUCACGAGGUGUGAGUGCACCAAGACCAAGGAGGUCCAACAUGCAUUUCAGUUCUUCGGGAGGACUAAGCCCCAGCAGUCGAGACAGCAUUGAUCCCAUAGCAGAACUGCUUACACAAUUAUCUGGGGUACGUAGAACAGGAGCGGGUACUGGUCAGGGUUCCUCAGCACCUUCGCAACUUCAACAGCUGCAAAUGCAGCUGCAGCUGGAACGCCAGCAGGUCAGGGCUGCAAGGCAGCAGUUAGAGAGAUUGCCAAGGAGGCAACCACAAGUGAUUGGCACAGUUAGCGGGGGUGUGGCUAGCAGUGGACAUUCAGCUACAAUGGCCAGUGUCGUCGCCAAUAGUUCCACGAGCAACAACAAUGCUGCUGCAAACGGUAAUAAUGCUGCUAAUCCAGCUAAUGCCUCGUCGCUGAAUUCGCAGAACUCAAUGUUCCUGUUACCCAGAUGCAUGACGAAUACGCUAUCCGAUUCCCAGCUUCAAAGUAUAGAGAGAGAGAGUGCGAACAGGAGUUUGUUCGCGCGUGAGAUAGUCGUUGGUACUUUAUCUCAAGCUUUACCCGAGCUUACUCAACAAUCGGCUGUACAGACUCCAGGAUCUACGACAACGACCUCCCCAGAAACACCGAACGCAUCUGUUGUACUUUUACCAGCAAAGAAAACUAGUAACUCGACUAAUCAAGAAGUGAAAAGGGAUCAAACAACCACGAACAAAUUAGCUGCUCAACAAAAUCAGCAGCAGCAGCAGCAACAACAACAACAACAACAACAACAACAACAACAACAACAACAACAUCAACAUCAAGUACAUCCUCCAAAUUUACAGGCUGCUGCCGCAGCAGGGAGUCAGUCCCAAUCCGCUCCUUUUAUCGGAUCACAAAAUCAAGGCUUGCCGCCUAAUCCUAAUUCUAAUGCUAUAGCUGCUCAGAAUACGCCUAUUGUUCAGACUCUUAUGCACAGCGUGUUGCCGCAACCACUGGUAUUGCAGCAGCCUCUUCCGCCAGCUCCUAUAAGGAAUACUGGCACAGGAACUAUUAGGGAGCCAGUAGCUGCUCCAGCCCCGGCUUACUUGCGAGGUGGUGUAGGUCCUGUUAACGUUACAGGAGCAUCUCGCAGAAAACCUGUCCGAGCAGUUGACGGGAGGAACCAAUCCACUGAGCCACCACCACCUCACUAACCCCGCCCAAUUUCCGUGCUCCCUCCACCCCAAAAAAACAAACUACCCCUACAGGCCCUUUAGCACUAGUCCUAGCACUGUUUAGAACACCUCAUCAUUAUUGUUAUUAUUAUUAUUAUUAUUAUUAUUAUUAUUAUAUCAUAUAUUAAUAAUUAUUUCAAAACCCCUUACCCUACCCUUUUCUCCUGUUACCUUAAUUAACCAGAUUCAAAUCUUCUCAAAGCUACUACCUUUCUCUCGACCUUCCUGUUCCUACCCGAGACAACUGAUAUCAAUAAAUAAUAUUUGGUGAAAGGUAGUCUGCCGAAUGGGGCAGGAUUUAGUUGUGAUGCCAAAAAAAAAUUUCUUUUUUCUCAUCUCAACUAUGAGAGAUUUUUCCUUACUUUUUGACGACAAAACUAGUUGACGGGUGAACGUAGACUGUGAUACAGCGAUAUUGUUUGAAGAUGAAUCUGAAGACUUCACUAAUUGGGAUAAGACUUGGGAGAACUGCGACGAAAAACGAGUAAGGGGAUUUGUUAUCAUUAUCAUCUUUUUUUUUGUCCUAGCUUUAAAAUUAUUUAGAUGCUCAAAAGUAUCGGCGGACUACCUGUUGCGGAACUACCUACUAAAAAAAAGGCUUUAGAUAAAAAUAACAAUUAUAUAUUAUUAUUAUUAUUAUUAAUAUUAUUAUUAUUGUAUAAUUUAAAAGAAUCGAAUGAUCGUGGGGAUUUUUCUUUGAUUCUAAAAACAAAAUACACACUUUGUACGCUGUGGCUACCUAAGUAGAGCUGAAGAAUAGGUGAAGAACAAAAGAAAAAAAAAAUGUUUUAACAACAAAUUGUAGCUGCUUUGGAAUUAAAACAGUCAGAAUUAUCCUGUUGUUCUAUAGAUAGCGGCUGCACUUUCCCAAUGUAUUAGUAUUGAUUUUGAUUCCUUAUUUGUCAUAUCUUUAACCAUUACCUAAUUACACCUAUCUUAUUCUUGGGAGGUAUUUGAAAAUAAAUAUGAAUGGUUACAGUAAAAAAAAAAAUUGAAAAAAUAUAACACUCGCUGCAAAUAACAAACAAAAAAAAACCAAUAAAAAAACGAGGAAAAAUUACAAAAAAUGAAACGGAUCAAAUUAAUUGUAUGGAUAAAAGAUUAUUUGUCGAAUCAUGUGAAAAAGAAUAUGAAGAGAAAAGAUAGGAAAAAAUUUACAGUAAGAAUAGUUAAUAAAAGGUAAACAAAAAUAAGAUAAUGAUGAAGAAUAAAGGAUAGAAAAGAAAAAAUAGGAACUGGAAUUUCGGAAGCAAAAUAUAUUGAAUAGCGCAUGUGAAAUUUUUUUUUUCAUUUCAAUUUCAUAUACACAUUACUAUAAUAAUUACCUAACUACUCGUCAGAUAGAAAUUUUCCUUAUUCGUUGAGUAUGUUUUACCCAUGUGCUAAGUACUGGAAUUAUCUCCUGGUCAAUACGUUGCACAUUGGACUAUAAAUGUUUAUAGUUUAACAAAUGAAAUAUAACGACACACGUUUGAAUAACAUCAAUAUUUCGUGUCGCAUCAUUUUAUUAACAUACAAAAAAUUAAGUAAACAAAUAUAUUAUAUAUUAUAAACAAAUUAAGCUUCAGUGCAUUAACACGGUGAGUAUUUUAUCAUCAGUGUUUCAAAACUUCGAUACAUAAAAGAGAAAAACGAAAAAAAACUUGAUUGUUUUCAACAUUGGAAAAGAGAAAGAAAAGAAACGAUGAGUAAAUAAACAAAAAUCAUACAAUUAUUGUGCAAAACCAUGAAAAAAAAUAACACCGCAGAUAAAAUAAAUGACAAAUAAAACAUCUACUUGACAGCAUAAUGAGAAUAUCCUUCGUUGUGAAAGUGAGAACGUUAUUGUAUAAUUAGUACUCGCUCCAAUGCGGUUCUGAUUUAUCAAAGCCAACAAAAAAACAAGAAAUAAAAAUAGGAAUCGAGGAACCACACUUUGUAAAAUAGCUUGAGUUAAAUAAAUGAUGAAUAUAAAGAGUUUUAAAAUAACUAGAA